GAGGCAAGCUAUAGUGAAUGCAGGGUUUGGGAGAGCGGAUAUAGUGAAUGCAGGGUCCGGGGAGACCAGAUAUAGUGAAUGCAGGGUCCGGGGAGACCGGAUAUAGUGAAUGCAGGGUCCGGGGAGACCGGAUAUAGUGAAUGCAGGGUCCGGGGAGAGCAGAUAUAGUGAAUGCAGGGUUCGGGGAGAGCGGAUAUAGUGAAUGCAGGGUUCGGGAGACCAGAUAUAGUGAAUGCAGGGGUCCAGGGAGACCGGAUAUAGUGAAUGCAGGGUCCGGGGAGAGCAGAUAUAGUGAAUGCAGGGUCCGGGGAGAGCGGAUAUAGUGAAUGCAGGGUCCGGGGAGACCGGAUAUAGUGAAUGCAGGGUCCGGGGAGAGCGGAUAUAGUGAACGCAGGGUCCGG